AUGCAAUUUCAUUUCUCAGGACCUCCCGUUGUUAAAGUGGUGCUUCGCGAGGACUUGAACAAGAAGAUUCUGAUUGCUCUUAUAGUCUCAUCGACUCUCCUCUGUUUCACAGUCAUCUUCCUUCUGUACCUCUUGCUAUGGAGGUACAGAAAUCUUAAGAAUAGCUUCACUGGGAUCAAGCGAAAACCCGAUUCUGUGACCAGUGUGUCCACGAAGCCCAUUGCACACAAGAUUGAUUCUGCGAGGAAAGGAACUAUCCCUGUGUAUGAAUAUCAAAUCUUGGAAUCUGGAACAAACAAGUUUAGCGACAGCAAUGUGUUGAGCCGAGGUGGUCGUGGAUGCCUUUACAGAGCUUGCCUUGAUGAAAACUCCUCUGUCACUGUGAAGAAACUUGAUGGUGGUGGGGACACAGACAUUGAGAAACAGUUUGAGAGUGAGGUAGAUUGGUUGGCUAAGAUCAGGCAUCAGAACAUAAUUUCGCUAAUGGGGUUUUGCGUAUAUCGCCAAACGAGAUGUAUUGUGUAUGAGAUGAUGCAGAAUGGAUCUCUGGAGAGUCAGUUGCAUGGGCCUAGUCAAGGUUCAGGUUUAACUUGGCAGCUUAGGAUGAAAAUCGCAGUUGAUAUAGCACGAGGAUUAGAGUAUCUUCACGAGCAUUGCCACCCUCCGGUAGUUCACAGGGAUUUGAAAUCGUCUAGCAUCCUUCUAGACUCCGAUUUCAACGCAAAGAUAUCGGAUUUUGGUUUUGCCACGAUGUUGAUGACUCAGAACAAAAAUCUCAAGGUUCCUGGAACUUUAGGGAACAGAGCUUCCGAGUAUCUUCUUGAUGGGAAAGUUACAGACAAGAAAGAUGUCUACUCAUUUGGGGUGAUUCUCCUCGAACUUCUCCUCGGGAAGAAAUCAGUGGAGAAACCAUCAUCUGAACCAGAGUCCAUCGUCACUUGGGCUGUACCUAAGCUCAGUGACAGAGCUAAUCUUCCCAAUAUCUUGGAUCCUGCGAUCAAAGGAACCAUGGACUUAAAGCAUCUCUACCAGGUUGCUGCUGUCGCGGUCUUGUGUGUUCAGCCGGAGCCAAGUUACAGACCACUUAUUACCGAUGUCUUGCACUCACUCAUCCCUCUUUUACCAAUGGAAACGAAGCGGAUAAGCAAAAACCCAUCAAGAUCUAUCAUCAGUCUCAAGGAUAUUCCUCCUCUUGAUCCAUCAUCUAUCCCCAAUAAUUCAUCUCUGAAACCAAGAACAACGAUGGUGCCAGUUCAUGUGGCAAAGCAGAGAUUCCAAGAGAAGAAUGAGUUUGAAGAAGACAUUGUCAAAUCUUCCUUCUCUAAUAUUCAGAUCGAUCCUAACAGCACAAGAAGCGAAAACAUCACGCAUGACAAGAAGCUUGUUCCUAAACCAGAAGAAGACACCAAACAAAAACCUAAAGAUGAAUCGAAGAAAGGGUCAGCGAAAUCGGAGUUACACGAAAUAUGUACUUCCAAGCGACGGAAACCUCCGGUGUAUGAGUGCUGCAAUGUCGAUGGACCUUGCCAUAUGAGAUUAUUUACAUAUAAAGUUGUGGUUGAGAUUAGAGAUUCUUCAGGGACAACACUUUUGGAGUGCUAUGGGGAUCCCAAACCCAAGAAGAAAACUGCGGCUGAGCAUGCAGCGGAAGGAGCGCUUUGGUAUCUUGAGCAUAUAGCUGAGAAUAAUGGUUAUGGUUUCUCUAACUUGUAUCACAAUCCUUGUGCCAUUAUACUUCUCCUCAUUUGCUUUGAUGCAUUUUCUCUUGCCAAGGCAGAGGACUAA